CCUUUUUCCUUCUCGGCUUCAUGUCUCCCAGGGAUAACUCUGGCCCUCGCCCUACGGCCAUAUCGGAUGACCUAUCGCCAGAUCAAAUACUUCUCCUUUCCUGGGGAGCUGUUGAUGCGAAUGCUGCAGAUGUUGGUUCUUCCACUAAUCGUCUCUAGCCUUAUCACAGGCAUGGCAGCCUUGGACAGCAGUGCCUCUGGCAAGAUGGGAGUGCGUGCUGUCAUUUACUAUAUGAUGACAACCAUCAUUGCCGUCUUCAUUGGAAUCUUUAUGGUCCUCAUCAUCCAUCCAGGAAAAGGGAGCAAGAAAGGCCUCCAAGGGGGGGGCAAGAUUGAUCAGAUCCAUGCAACUGAUGCUUUCAUGGACCUCAUCCGGAAUAUGUUUCCACCCAACCUUGUAGAAGCCUGCUUUAGACAGUAUAAGACUCAAUACAGUGUCCGGGUUAUCAACAGAACGGUUGUGAGCAACACUUCUCCUGCGGCCAUGUUGCCACAGCACCCAAAGCGGGAUACCAACAGCAGCGGUUUCAACUACAAUGCCACCAUGGCCAGUUUGCCUCUUCUGCCACUUGAAAAUGCUUUGGGAGUCUGGAAUAAUGUCACUAACGCUCUAGGGAGCUUCCCGGAAGUGCUGAAUUUUGAGGAGGUCAUGCCCGGCCCGGGUUCUGUCAACGGGGUGAACGCCCUUGGCAUCGUUGUCUUCUCCAUCUGCUUCGGCCUGGUGAUUGGCAACAUGAAGCAAAAGGGACACCCCCUGCGGGAGUUUUUUGACUGCCUCAAUGAAGCCAUCUUGCGGAUGGUGGCAGUCAUCAUAUGGUACGCCCCUAUUGGGAUCCUCUUUCUCAUCGCUGGUAAGAUUUUGGAGAUGGAGGACGUGGCAGUGAUGGGAGGCCAAUUAGGCCUGUAUACACUUACAGUUAUUGUGGGACUCCUGAUCCACGGCCUCUGUGUCCUUCCACUCAUCUACUUCAUUGUCACACGGAAAAACCCCUGGAUCUUCAUGGCUGGCCUCCUACAAGCCCUCGUUACAGCCUUGGGAACAUCUUCCAGCUCAGCUACGCUCCCUGUCACAUUCCGUUGCCUGGAAGAAAACAACAGGGUGGAUAAACGAGUUACCAGGUUUGUUCUGCCGGUGGGAGCAACUAUCAACAUGGAUGGCACUGCACUUUAUGAAGCUCUGGCAGCCAUCUUCAUUGCACAGGUCAACAACUACGAGCUUGACUUCGGUCAGAUCAUUACUAUUAGCAUUACUGCCACAGCAGCCAGUAUCGGAGCUGCUGGCAUUCCACAGGCGGGCCUAGUGACUAUGGUAAUCGUGUUGACGUCUGUCGGAUUGCCAACGGAGGACCUCACUUUGAUUAUGGCUGUGGACUGGUUCCUAGACCGUCUCAGAACUACCGUCAAUGUGCUGGGGGAUUCACUGGGUGCUGGUGUUGUAGAGCAUCUGUCUCGCCAUGAGCUGGAGAUGCAGGAUGCUGAGCUCAGCAACUCAGUCCUUGAAGAGAAUGAAAAACCAUACCAUCUAAUAUAUCAAGAGAAUGACACCCACAAGCACCUCAACAGUGAGACACCAAUGUGACUUGGAGGAGCGGAGUGCUGUCGGGAUAGGAUCUGUAAAAUGUCACAGCUAGAGAGGCAAGAGCCAGCCACAGUCCUCCCACAAACUCUCAGUUCCUUCGUUUUCCCUGUUCAUGUCACCAGAAAAAAACUAAUUUUUUUCUAUAACAGUGAUUGUGCUCCUACAAUGAUGAUUUGACAGUAAGAGUUUGACCUCGCCUAUCCUGCCUCUUAACCACAGCUGGUUAGUAUCCUGCACCAAGCCAACUCCACAUUUCCUUGCCAAGAAGAUGAACUUUGAACAUAUUGUGCUGUGCCAUAAAGACCAACUAAUUUAAAUCUUGUGCUACAAUUUUACUGAUUGUGCUCAUUUUUGAUUUUUUUU